CAUGUUUAAAGCGGGCGAAAAUCCUCACGAUAGUUCCAUUCCAGACACUUCUCAGGAAAAUGGCCAACUUCAAUUUAGCUUACGAAACAAUCCAAACUUUAGGAAGGCGCUUAAGGCAAAUGAAGACUUUUUAGAGGCCAUUGGUAUAACGAAAGACCUACCCUCCGGCUUGGAACAUAUCUCCUAUAUUCGAAAAUUAUGCACCAUGUUCUCUUUUGAUUGGUCGCGUUUCUUUUCAGCUGGAAGAAACGAAGUGUAUAGUUAUUAUCUACGACAUUUUAAGCAGAAAGUGGAAGUCGACGUUAUCAAAAAGCAAAUGCCGAGGUCAAAUAUCGUUGUCCUGUUAAGCGAUGUAGGCUUGGGAAGACUUCUGAAUGAAAUUCGAGCAAUGGGAUUUUCAAUUAUCUGCCACUUUUCAGAUAGUCACUUAGCAGACGCAUAUGAAAAAUUUGAGAAAAAAUGUCGCGAGGGUAUGAAUUCAGACUCUUUGACAAUAUACCCCUACUUCAGCCAUCGCAAACUUCUCAGUAAAAGAAAAAUUGAUGUUACUUUUCCUGAAACUGAGGCAAUAGAGUUGUUGAACAAAACGGAUCGCAGAAAACAAGAUUAUAGAAUGGCAGUGGGAAAUUUUGUCAAUCAUUUUGGGCAUGAUAGCAUGAAAAAUAACUAUAAAAUCAUUAUUACUGGGCGAAAAUUAUCAAAUAUUCCCGAUGUCAUUUCUUUUAUUGAGGCAGUCUAUUUGGUUUUAGACAACGAUGGCAUUUGGAUACAUCAAGGAAUUUAUGAAGAAAAUGAGAUAGAACAACCAAAGUAUCCCCAGCUAACUAGAGAAAGUUUAGUGGAUAUAGCUCGAAUGUGCGGUUUCAAGAUAGUUGAAAAUAGCACGGGUUUAUUAAAUGAUCUGAAAACCAGCAAGCGAGAACCAAUGAGCGAUAAAAUAGAUGCUAUUCUUCAGCUUUGUUUCGUUAAAAACUGA